UUGAGUUGGACAUGGAUCUGUAGUGAUGGCUGUGUACAAGCUGCUCAGUGUGGCAACGCUGCUGAUUUUACUGACACGAGGGUCUCACUCACAGUUAGAUGAGUGUGGUCAGCCUCGCCUGAACACCAGGAUCGUUGGAGGGCAGGACGCUCCUGCAGGGAGCUGGCCCUGGCAGGCCAGCAUCCACGAAUUCAACAGUCACAUAUGUGGAGGAUCUCUCAUUAACAGUCAGUGGGUGCUGACUGCUGCCCACUGCUUCUCAAGCGACAACACAGCCGAUUUCAUCAUUUAUCUGGGCCGCCAGAGUCAACAGGGAUCCAACCCCAAUGAGGAGUCUCGCACAUUAACACAGAUCAUCCUUCAUCCCGACUACAACAACCCCGCCAAUGACAAUGAUAUUGCUCUCCUCAAGCUCGCCUCACCUGUGAAUUUCACCGACUACAUUGGCCCUGUCUGCCUGGCACAAUCAGGCAGCUCCAUCCAUGCUGGGACUGAUAGCUGGGUCACUGGCUGGGGCCACAUCCGAUCAGGAGAACCUCUUCCUUCACCACAAAACCUUCAGGAGGUGGAAGUGCCAGUGGUGGGGAACAGACAGUGCAAUUGUGACUAUGGAGUAGACUCCAUCACAAACAACAUGAUCUGUGCAGGGUUACGGGAUGGAGGAAAAGACUCAUGUCAGGGGGAUUCAGGUGGCCCGAUGGUAAGCAAACAAAACAAUCGCUGGAUCCAGACUGGAAUUGUGAGUUUUGGUCAGGGUUGUGCCCUGCCUAAUUUCCCAGGCGUCUAUGCUAGAGUGUCUCGGUACCAGUCCUGGAUCAACAGUCACAUCAGCAGGAACCAGCCGGGCUUUAUUACCUUUACAUCUACUGGGACUGACAGCGACCUCAGUGUCACCUGUCCCGGCCUGCCACCACCUCCAACCACCACACCCGCACCCCAACCUGUGGUCUGUGGUCGUGCUCCUAUGAACUCACGGAUUGGUGGGGGGAGUUUGGUGGAAAAUGCAGGUGUGUGGCCGUGGAUGGCCAGCAUCCAGAAGAAUGGAAGCCAUGUGUGUGGUGGGACUCUGGUGGCAGAGGAAUUUGUGCUAAGCAGUGCCGAUUGCUUCUCAAAUUUCACCAUGGCCUCUGAAUGGACUGUGAUCUUGGGUCGCCUGAAGCAAAACGGAUCAAACCCCUUCGAAGUGACACUUAAUGUCACAAACAUCACUCUGAGCAACCUGACCACUAACAAUGUGGCUGUCCUGCGUCUGGCAACCCGACCUAGCCUGACGGACUACAUCCAGCCAAUCUGUCUAGAUACUGGACUAACCUUCAGUGUUGGCUCUGCAUGCUGGGCCUCUGGCUGGAGCACAGAACAAGGAGGGGUGGAACAAGUUCUGCAGGAGCGCCAGACCACAGUGGUGGAUUGUGGGAAUGCCACAUCAAAUGACAGCAUUUGUACAGGAACUCUAACUCUGCAGCAGGGCGAUGCUGGAGGUCCUCUGAUGUCUAAGCUGGAUGGUUCCUGGAUCCAGGCGGCGGUCUUAACAGUCACAGGCAGUGACAAUAAUCAAACACGAACAAGAAAUGGCUCACCAAUGGUUUUCACCAAAAUGAGCGCCUACCAGGAGUUCCUUCGAAGCACAAUUGGACCCUUCUUAUCUCCAGCCACCAACGUCACAAGCACAAACAGCACAAUGACCACGGCCGCCCCCACCCCCACCACUGAAAAUGGCACUUCUCCUCUUCUUCACUCUCCCUUCUUGCUUCUCUUGUUCAUCACCUCCAUAUACCUCCUCCUGUGCUUUGAGAAAUAGGGACUCUGUCUUCCAAUACCUCAGAGCAAUCUCUUAGGAUAUGCCAAAGUUAGAUUGUGAUAGUUGGAUGCAAAAAGUGCUGCAUACACAGAAAUUUGAUUAAAAGGAUGGGUCACCCAUUCUGUAAAAUGUGACAUUAU